AUGACAGUAAAAAAAGAUGAGAACAAGCGAAGACCAGUCAAAUUUUGGUUUUCUCUCUUCUUCACGCUUAUUGAAUUGAGAAAAGUAGCCACUCGUAGACUGCCACGUCACAGACGGUGUUAUUGUGUACCUCUUUGCCUCGCCGUUCUUUUGCUUUUAGUACUACUCUGUAUUAUUAUCAUUCAACAACAAACUCAAAAACUCCAUUUUUACGCGAACGAGAGAGAGAAGGGAGAAAACAGAGAGAUGGAUAAGAUACAAUUCCUUGACUCGACGGGGAUUCCUUUCACCAGAGAGGGUCUCUACGCGACUAACAACCAGUUCCAGAAAGCCGGUCCAAAGGGUUUCAUCCAAGUGAAGGUGCUUGAGAACGACAGCCUCUACAUCCGCGUCGACUUGCCCGGUGUUCCCGACGACGCAAUCCGCCACAGAGUCGACUCCGUGAGGCAAAAGGUGAUCUUUUUCUCCGGCGAAACUCCCAACGACGGCAACCCCAAGGACGGCGUUCGCGAGUACUCCGGAACCGCCGGUCUAGGCUGCGACUGCUGCGAGAUAACCGGCGUUGACGCUAAGAUGAAAGAUGGAGUCUUGAGGAUGAUUGUCACAAGGGUCAAGGUGAAAGACCAUGAGAACAAGUGUACUCUCACUCUCCCUCCUUUCACAGGUAACUCUGGAAGAUCACUGGAGGAUCAUCCGUUUGUGGUGAAAGGUCGUAAGACACCGCUCCUUGGAGCUCCGUUACCCAAUGGAGUUUUUUACGUUGCGGUGGAUGUGCCAGGUGUUUGUCCAGGUGAUGUUGAGGUGCUCGCUAACGAGGAUAAAGUUAGGUUCUACGCUGAGGUCAAGAACGUUUACGAGCACGACGAGAGUGCACGUGUUUUCCUUGGACGUCUCAUCCUUCGUGGUGGUUCCUCUUCUUGCCCGUUGCCUUCACUUUUGACCCGGACCUUAGCUUGCGAGUUACAGUUUGGUGUUCUCAAGAUUGUCAUUGCACCUCCUCCUCGCAACGACGACAACACCACCACCACCAAGAGCGAGUAAUCAAUCACACGCACACUCUCUCUUUUACUAGAACGUUUUCAUUUCAGAUUAUCUAUCUUUUUUUUCUAUGUUGGGAGAACUUUUGAAUGAGUACUAGUAAUCUCGCUUCUGUGUUUUAAGUUGUGUGUGUCCCUGCUUUUGUGUUUGCUAUGGAUUCCAGUGAUUUAUCUAUUUGCUGAAUGACUUUGAUUGGUA